AUGGCUGACGAGUUGGCCAGAAUCCAGCAAUAUGAAUACCGACAAAAUUCUAAUUUGGUUUUGUCGGUGGACAAAAAUUUGAUGGAUAGAAAAGGGAAAGAUGAUGCGACUGGAGAAGUAUUACCAUUGACAGAUAAAAUGAUAAAAUCAAUGAAAAUGGGUGAUCGAGCUAUCAAAUCAAAAGCACCAAUUCAGGAACAAAAACGAAAAAAGUAUGUUUUGGAAAUUAAUAUUCGAAGUUCACGUGAAAUAUUUCGAUUGAAAUCUUGAAAAAUAUUUAAUUAUUUUACAGGAAGAAGAAGGAUGAAAGUGACAAAACUCUUCGAUUUGUUAGUAAAAGUGUUCUUGGAGACAAUACGGAAUUCGUGGGUGCUUAUAAACCACGAACACAAGAAACAAAACAGACCUACGAAGUUAUUUUGGCUUUUAUUCAAGAAGCACUCGGUGAUAAUCCAAGAGAUAUUAUGUGUGGUGCUGCGGAUGAAGUUCUUGCGGUUUUGAAAAGUGAUAAAUUUCGAGAAAAGGAAAAAAAGCUCGAAGUUGAAGGAUUAUUGGGACCAUUGACCGAUGAAAGAACUGCAGUUUUGAUCAAUUUGGCCAAAAAGAUUACCGAUUUUUCGCUUGAAGAAGAUAAUAAAGUUGAAGGAGAUGAGAUUGAUGAAAAUGAAGGUGUUAAUGUUCAAUUUGAUUCGGAUGAAGAAGAUGAAGAUAAUGUUGAGGGAGAAGUUAGAGAUAGUGAUGAAAGUGAUGAAGAAGAAGAAGGAGUUGAUACAAAUUAUUCAGAAACAUUGAAAGGUGAUGGAUAUAUGGAUGGAGAUGAAGAAAAAGCAAGAGGUAUUCUUCAUCCAAGAGAUAUUGAUGCACAUUGGAUUCAAAGAUCACUUGCAAAGUUUUAUAAAGAUCCAUUGAUGGCUCAACAAAAAGUUACUGAAGUUGUACAAAUUUUGAAAAAUGCGAAUGAUGAUCGAGAAGCUGAAAAUCAACUUGUUUUGUUGUUAGGAUUUGAUCAAUUUGAAUUUAUCAAAGUUUUGAGACAAAAUAGAUUGAUGAUUCUUUAUUGUACACUUCUUCGACAAGCAAAUGAUGAAGAAAAACAGAAAAUCGAAGAUGAAAUGAGAACUCGACCUGAAUUACAUUCAAUUCUUGCCAAAUUACAAGAGACUGAUUCAACUGAUGUUGUACAAACAGAAAGAACAAAAAGAGAUCAAGAAAGAUCGAAAAAAGCAGCUGCGGCAGCAGAAGAAGCGAUAAAUGCAGGACAAUGGCAAGCUGGAAGAAAAGUUUUGGAUUUGAAUGAUUUAUCAUUUAGUCAAGGAUCACAUUUGAUGAGUAAUAAAAGAUGCGAUUUGCCAGAUGGAUCAUAUAGAAAACAAAAGAAAUCAUAUGAGGAAAUUCAUGUUCCAGCAUUGAAACCAAAACCAUUUGCAGAGGGAGAGGUAAUCGUUAUUUUUUUGAUAAUUUUUACAAGAAAAAUACAAUUUUCAGAAACUUGUUCCAAUCUCUGAACUUCCAAAAUGGGCUCAACCAGCUUUUGAUGGAUACAAAUCAUUGAAUCGAAUCCAAUCGAGAUUAUGUGAAAGUGCUCUAAAUUCAGAUGAACAUUUGUUGCUCUGUGCUCCAACUGGAGCUGGUAAAACAAAUGUUGCGUUGCUCACAAUUCUUCACGAAAUCGGAAAACAUUUGAACGAUGAUGGAAGUGUUAAAUUAGAUGAAUUCAAAGCGAUUUAUAUUGCUCCGAUGAAAUCUUUGGUACAAGAAAUGGUUGGAAGUUUUUCGAAAAGAUUGGCACCAUUUGGUAUUACUGUAAGUUGUUAUUUUGAAAUAUAUGUAGUCGAAAUUUCAUGUUUUAAUUUUUUAGGUUGGUGAAAUGACUGGAGAUGCUCAAAUGAGUAAAGAACAAUUUAUGGCAACUCAAAUUAUUGUUUGUACUCCAGAAAAAUACGAUGUUGUAACAAGAAAAGGAGGAGAAAGAGCCUAUAAUACAAUGGUCAAAUUAUUGAUUAUUGAUGAAAUUCAUCUUUUGCACGAUGAUCGUGGUAUGUUUUUUCAUCAAUUUUUCAAAAUUUCAAUUCGAAAAUUGUUUUCUUUUCAGGACCAGUUCUUGAGGCAAUUGUUGUUCGAACAAUUCGUCAAAUGGAACAAAAUCAUGAUGAUUGUCGACUUGUUGGAUUAUCAGCUACUUUGCCAAAUUAUCAAGAUGUUGCAACAUUCCUUCGUGUCAAACCAGAACAUCUUUAUUUCUUUGAUAACAGUUAUCGUCCAGUUCCUUUAGAACAACAAUAUAUUGGAGUUACGGAGAAAAAGGCGUUGAAACGAUUCCAGGCAAUGAAUGAAGUGGUUUAUGAUAAAAUUAUGGAACAUGCUGGAAAAAGUCAAGUUCUUGUUUUUGUUCAUUCGAGAAAAGAAACUGCUAAAACAGCGAAAGCUAUAAGAGAUUCGUGUUUGGAAAAGGAUACAUUAUCAGCAUUUAUGAGAGAAGGAAGUGCGAGUACAGAGAUUUUGAGAACUGAAGCAGAACAAGUUAAGAAUUUGGAUUUGAAAGAUCUGCUACCAUAUGGUUUCGCAAUACACCACGCUGGAAUGAAUCGAGUUGAUCGUACUCUUGUUGAAGAUUUGUUUGCUGAUCGACACAUUCAAGUGUUAUUCUCAACUGCAACAUUGGCUUGGGGAGUUAAUCUUCCAGCACAUACAGUAAUUAUUAAAGGAACACAAAUUUAUAAUCCAGAAAAAGGAAGAUGGACUGAAUUGGGAGCAUUGGAUAUUAUGCAAAUGUUAGGAAGAGCUGGUCGACCACAAUAUGAUUCAAAAGGAGAAGGUAUUCUUAUCACAAAUCAUUCCGAACUUCAAUAUUAUUUAUCAUUGAUGAAUCAACAACUUCCUGUUGAAAGUCAAAUGAUUUCGAGAUUGACGGAUAUGUUGAAUGCUGAAAUUGUUCUUGGAACUGUAAGCAGUGUAAGCGAAGCAACAAAUUGGUUAGGAUAUACAUAUUUGUUUGUAAGAAUGUUGAAGAAUCCAACACUUUAUGGAAUUACACAUGAACAAGCGGUAAGUUAUUCUAAAUAGUUUUUAGAUAAAAGUUCGAAAUAAUUUUAUUUCAGAGAGCUGAUCCACUUCUUGAACAACGUCGAGCUGAUUUGAUUCAUACAGCUUGUGUUCUUCUUGAUAAAGCUGGUCUUAUUAAAUAUGACAAAAGAAGUGGAAUUAUUCAAGCAACUGAACUUGGAAGAAUUGCAUCUCAUUUUUAUUGUACUUAUGAAUCGAUGCAAACAUAUAACAAAUUGCUUAUCGAAACAUGUUCAGAUAUUGAUUUAUUCCGAAUUUUCUCAAUGAGUUCUGAAUUCAAACUUUUAUCUGUGAGAGAAGAAGAAAAACUUGAAUUGCAAAAAUUGGCAGAACAUGCACCUAUUCCAAUCAAAGAAUCAUUAGAUGAAGCAUCUGCUAAAACUAAUGUUCUUCUUCAAGCUUAUAUUUCACAAUUAAAAUUGGAAGGUUUUGCUCUUCAAGCUGAUAUGGUUUUUGUUGCUCAAUCAGCUGGUCGAUUAUUCCGUGCAUUAUUUGAAAUUGUUUUGUGGAGAGGAUGGGCUGGAUUGGCACAAAAAGUAUUGACAUUAUCCAAAAUGGUGACACAAAGACAAUGGGGAUCAUUGAAUCCAUUACAUCAAUUCAAGAAAAUUCCAAGUGAAGUUGUUAGAUCGAUUGAUAAGAAAAAUUAUUCAUUUGAUCGUUUAUAUGAUUUGGAUCAACAUCAACUUGGAGAUCUUAUAAAAAUGCCAAAAAUGGGAAAACCUUUGUAUAAAUUUAUCAGACAAUUCCCAAAAUUGGAAAUGACAACACUUAUUCAACCAAUAACAAGAACAACUAUGAGAAUUGAGUUGACAAUUACACCAGAUUUCCAAUGGGAUGAAAAGUAUGUUUAUUUUCUAUAUAUAUUUUUUUGAAAGUUGAAUUUCAAUCAUAUUUUUUUCAGGGUUCAUGGGAAUGCUGAAGGAUUCUGGAUUUUCAUUGAAGAUACUGAUGGCGAAAAGAUUCUUCAUCACGAAUUCUUUUUGCUCAAACAAAAAUUCUCAACGGAUGAACAUGUUGUCAAAAUGAUUGUUCCAAUGUUUGAUCCAAUGCCACCACUUUAUUAUGUUCGACUUGUUUCUGAUCGAUGGAUUGGUGCUGAAACUGUUCUUCCAGUUUCAUUCCGCCAUUUGAUUCUUCCUGAAAAAUAUCCACCUCCAACCGAAUUACUCGAUCUUCAACCACUUCCAAUUUCUGCUGUCAAUAAUCCAGCAUUCGAAAAAGUGUUCAAAGAUGCAGAUAUCGAAGUGUUUAAUCCAAUUCAAACACAAGUAUUCCGAACAGUUUAUGAAAGUAAUGAGAAUGUUAUUGUUUGUGCACCAAAUGGUUCUGGAAAAACAGCGAUCGCUGAACUUGCAAUUUUGAGACAUUUCGAGAAUUUGCCUGAAUCCAAAUGUGUUUAUGUUACUCCGAUGGAAGAUGUUGCUGUGAAAAUAUUGGCAGAUUGGAAAGAACGAUUACAACCAGCAAUUGAACAACAAGUUGUGUUAUUAACAGGAGAACCAUCGACUGAUUUGAAAUUAUUGCAAAAAGGUAAAUUGAUUAUUGCGACACCAGAAAGAUGGGAUAAUGUAUCGAGAAGAUGGAAACAGAGAAAAAAUGUGCAAGCGGUCAAAUUAUUUAUUGCUGAUGAUUUGCAUAUGAUUGGAGCUACUAAUGGGGUAAUUUUUUAUUUCUUUGUUAUUUUUUCGUUUUCAUUUUUCAAUUUAAUUUAUUUUUGAAAUUUUUCAGCCAGUUCUUGAAGUUGUUUGUUCUCGAAUGAGAUAUAUUGCAUCACAACUUGAAACAACAAUUCGAGUUGUUGCACUUUCUUCAUCUUUAACAAAUGCAAGAGAUCUUGGAAUGUGGUUAGGUUGUUCAGCAUCGGCUACAUUCAAUUUCUUACCGGUUACUCGACCAGUUCCUCUCGAACUCGAAAUCAAAGGAUUCAAUUUAUCACACAAUGCAUCUCGCUUUUCGGCAAUGGAAAGACCAGUUUAUCAAAGUAUAUCUCGACAUGCUGGAAAACUUCGACCAAAACCAGCUCUUGUUUUUGUACCAGUUCGACGACAAACAAGACCAACUGCUGUCGGAUUAUUAACAAUGGCAUUAGCUGAUGGAACACCAAAAAGAUUCUUGCAUAUUUCGGAACAAGAUGAGACAUUUAUAUCAUUGUUGGAAAUGAUUGAAGAUGAAACAUUGAAAGAAACUGUUUCAUGUGGUGUUGGUUUUCUUCACGAAGGAACUAGUUCAAAAGAUGUUGCAAUUGUUGAACAACUUUUCACAAGUGGAGCUAUUCAAGUAUGUAUUGUUCCACGUGGAAUGUGUUAUCAAAUCAAAAUGAGCGCUUAUUUGGUGAUUAUUAUGGAUACACAAUUUUACAAUGGAAAAUAUCAUGUUUAUGAGGAUUAUCCAAUUGGUGAUAUGUUGCAUAUGGUUGGAUUAGCAAAUCGGCCAACAGUUGAUUCAGAAGGUGAAUAUUUGACGAAUUUUUAUCAAAUCUGUUUUUUCUGGAAAAAAAGAAAAUUCUUCACGUUUUUGUUAUUUUCCACGUGACAUUUCAACUCUUUAACCUUUUUAUCAUUUCUGACUCUUGACCCUUUCCAAAACAUUAACAAAAACAUUCGUCAAACUCAAUUUUUCAGCAAAAUGUGUGGUUAUGUGUCAAUCAUCGAAAAAAACAUAUUUCAAGAAGUUUUUGUUCGACCCUCUUCCUGUCGAAUCACAUUUGGAUCAUUGUUUGCACGAUCAUUUCAACGCUGAAAUUGUCACAAAAACCAUUGAAAACAAACAAGAUGCAAUUGAUGUAAGUAUUUUUGGGUUAGAAAUGAAUAAAAAAAUAUAAAAUGCGCGAAAAAACGUGAAAUAAUUUGGAUCAAAUCGGUCAAAUGAGCUUAAAAUAUAUGAUUUCCCAGCGCCCGCGUGGCCUAAUGGAUAAGGCACCGGACUCCGGAACCGGGAAUGGGGGUUCGAGUCCCUCCGUGGGCUAGAUAUAUUUUGAUCAAUUUUAAUUUACAGUAUCUCACAUGGACACUUCUUUAUCGACGAAUGACACAAAAUCCGAAUUAUUAUAAUCUUCAAGGUGUUUCACAUCGACAUUUAUCUGAUGCUCUUUCUGAAUUGGUUGAAAAUACUUUGAAAGAUUUGGAAAAUAGUAAAGUAAGUUGUAAAUUUUUCUGAAAAAGAUUUCAAAAUUUUUAUUUUUAGUGUAUUGCAAUCAAAGAUGAUAUGGAUACACUUUCAUUGAAUUUGGGAAUGAUUGCUGCAUAUUAUUAUAUUUCUUAUACCACAAUUGAAUUGUUCUCAAUGUCACUUCAAGCAAAAACAAAAAUGCGCGCUUUGGUUGAAAUUAUUGCAAAUGCAAGUGAAUUUGCAAAUGUUCCAAUGCGCCACAAAGAAGAUGUUAUUUUGAAACAAUUAGCUGGAAGAUUGCCGGGACAAUUGAAGAGUCAAAAAUUCACUGAUCCACAUGUCAAAGUCAAUUUAUUGAUUCAUGCACAUUUAUCAAGAGUGAAAUUGACAGCUGAAUUGAACAAAGAUACUGAAUUAAUUGUUCUGAAAUCAAUUCGAUUGGUACAAGCUUGUGUUGAUGUUUUAUCAAGUAAUGGAUGGUUAUCACCUGCAAUUCAUGCGAUGGAAUUAUCACAAAUGUUGACACAAGCAAUGUAUAGUAGUGAACCAUAUUUGAAACAAUUGCCACAUUCAACUGCUGCACUUUUCGAAAGAGCAAAAGCUAAGAAUGUUGAAUCUGUCUUCGAACUUUUGGAUUUGGAAAAUGACGAUCGAAUGGAAAUUCUUCAAAUGGAAGGUGGACAAUUAGCUGAUGUUGCCAAGUUUUGUAAUCAUUAUCCAUCAAUUGAAGUGGAACACGAAUUAGACAAUGAUACAGUAUCUGCGUAAGUUUGGAUUUAGGGACAUAACUUGGGAAGUUUUUGAAUUGGACUUUAGUUUCAGAACUUUUGAAUCGAAGGUAACUAUAUUUUUAUCCAAAAGCUGAUUUUUUUUUGAAACAUUCUGAACAUAUUUUUUAAUUCUCUUUUUCGGUCAAAAAUUUGGUAAAACGGGAAGAUCUUCCAGUUUUACAAAUCAAUAUUUUUCGAGCCAAAAUUCAUAAUUUCAGUCUUCUUUUAGUUGAUUUACAUUAUUUUCUACAUUUCAAAAAAUAGUCCGUUUUUGAAAUUAGGAAAUGAGAAAAUUUAAUUUUUUAAAUUCAAAUCUAGGGUAGAGAAGUCAGUAAGUAAGAUAUUUCCGAAAAAAAAUACUGAAAGUUUGUUUUUUUGCAGAAACGAUAAUGUAAUUGUUGGCGUUUCAAUGGUCCGCGAUAAUGAUAUUGAUGGAUUGGCUCCUCCAGUUAUUGCUCCACUUUUCCCACAAAAACGAAAAGAAGAAGGAUGGUGGUUGGUUAUUGGAGAUCAAGCUACAAACACUUUGCUCUCGAUUAAACGAUUAAUCAUCAAUGAAAAAGCACAAAUGAAAUUGGAUUUCGCUGCACCGAAGCCUGGAAAAUUCACAUACAAAUUGUAUUUUAUUUCGGAUUCGUAUUUGGGUGCGGAUCAAGAAUUUGAUAUUUCAUUCAAAGUUGAAGGUGAGACAUCUUUUUUUGAGUUAAAAAUUAUUCAAAUUUUUCAGAUUCCGGUCGAGGUCGUAAACGAAAACAUGAAAAAGAUGAAGAAUAG